AGAACUCUUCUCCCUGACAGCCACAAACAUCUACAGCACUUAUUGCAUUCAGAGAGGGAACCUGCAAACAAAACUUCACAGAAAACUUUUGGUUCUUGUUCCAGAGAAUUUGCUGAAGAGAAGGAAAAAACAAACAAACAAACAAACUAACUAAACCAGCCCCCCCCAAAAAAAACUGUUCGUGAAGGGGGAGGAAAAGCAGGGCCUUUCAAAAAGGGAAUCACAACAACUUCUGCUGCCAGGAUGCCUUUGCUUUGGAAGAGAGGAUUUCUGUUGGUGCUUUGCUGGAUUAUAGUGAGGAGUUCCCCAACCCCAGGAUCCGAGGGGCACAGUUCAGUCACUGACUGUCCAUCAUGUGCCCUUGCCACGCUUUCAAAGGAUGUGCCCAGCUCACAGCCUGAGAUGGUGGAAGCAGUAAAGAAGCACAUAUUGAACAUGUUGCACUUGAGGGACAGACCUAAUAUCACCCAGCCGGUGCCCAAGGCAGCACUUUUAAAUGCCAUCAAAAAACUCCAUGUGGGAAAGGUGGGAGAGGAUGGUUAUGUGGAAAUAGAGGAUGAUGUUGGAAGAAGAGCUGAAAUGAAUGAAGUCGUGGAGCAAACCUCAGAAAUCAUCACUUUUGCAGAAUCAGGCACAGCCAAGAAAAUGUUGCACUUUGAGAUUUCAAAGGAAGGCAGUGAAUUAUCACUGGUUGAACAUGCUGAAGUGUGGCUCUUCCUGAAGGUCUCCAAAGCCAACCGGAGCAGGACAAAAGUCACCAUCCGCCUCUUUCAACAGCAGUGGCAGCCAAAAGGCAACUCUGAAGGAGCAGAAGAUAUGGAGGAUGGGAGGCUGAAAGGUGAAAGGAGUGAGACUUUGAUUUCAGAAAAGGCAGUGGACACCCGUAAGAGCACUUGGCACAUCUUUCCUGUCUCCAGCAGUGUCCAGAGACUCCUGGACCAAGGCAAGAACUCUUUGGAUGUGCGGAUUGCCUGUGACCUGUGCCAAGAGACUGGAGCCAACCUGGUGUUAUUGGGCAAGAAGAAGAAAAAGGAAGAUGAUGGGGAAGGGAAAGAAAAGGAACCUGGAGAAUUCACAGGAGAAGAGGAAAAAGAGCAAUCGCAUCGGCCCUUCCUGAUGAUGCUUGCUCGGCACUCAGAGGACCGCCAGCACAGGCGGCGGAGACGAGGCCUGGAGUGUGAUGGCAAAGUCAACAUCUGCUGCAAGAAGCAGUUCUUUGUCAGCUUCAAGGACAUAGGGUGGAGUGACUGGAUCAUUGCUCCUACGGGUUAUCAUGCCAACUACUGCGAAGGAGAGUGCCCCAGCCAUAUAGCAGGCACAUCUGGUUCAUCAUUAUCUUUCCACUCCACUGUCAUCAACCAUUACCGCAUGCGGGGCCAUAGCCCCUUUGCCAACCUCAAGUCAUGUUGUGUGCCCACCAAGCUGCGGCCUAUGUCCAUGCUCUACUACGAUGAUGGCCAGAAUAUCAUUAAGAAAGACAUACAGAAUAUGAUUGUGGAGGAGUGUGGCUGUUCGUAGACUCGUGUAUGCGCAAAACCCUUCUCAUUGGGAAGAAAAUGUACCAAAAGCCCAAGAAGAGGAAAGACCAGACAUGGUAUAACCUUUUUUGAAUGAAACAAUCAUCAGAAAUAAAAGCAAAAACAAAAGAGAGAGAGAAAAGAGAGAGAGAAAAGGAAAAAAA